AGCGGAGCAGCCUGGCCGGGGUGCGGCACACCCUGCUGGUGCUCUCGGGGAAGGGCGGCGUGGGGAAGAGCAUCAUCUCCACCGAGCCGGUGGGGAUCCUGGACGUGGACCUGUGUGGCCCCAGCAUCCCCCGCAUGUUCAGGGUGCAGGACAGUGACGUGCACCAGUGUGACAGUGGGUGGGUCCCUGUCUUUGUGGACCAGGGCAGGAGCAUCUCCCUCAUGUCCAUCGGGUUCCUGCUGGAGAAACCCGACGAUGCCGUGGUGUGGAGAGGACCCAAGAAAAAUG